AUGGCAACUGAAAGUCUAAAAAUUACGGGAGUCCCUCGGGAAGAAGCCACCAGAAACAGGCAACCUCGGAGUGUUUCGCCAGUACCCCCACUUCUAUCCGAGUUGGACGGCUCACCUUGGUCACUGAGCUGCACUGAAUCAGAGGACCAGUCAUCGGAAGCAACCGCGCCUCCUGCUUCAUGUCCUGCACCCAUGACACCUUCGCUCAAUAUGCAGAUCAGUUACAACGAACCAUCACCACCAGAACCCAAGGUAGUUCUGAGACGGCAGCCAAGGAGUCAAAGGAGACGUGCGCAACGGGCCCAGACCUUGGGCUGCUACCCACCACCUGCCAUUCCCACGAGUCCAAGUGGUUCCCCUAGUCAUCCGAAGCCUUCUUCCACUAGUGGCAUGACCACAGCCAUCGGUCUCGACUGUUUUGAACUUCGGCGACGAAGUCUUUUCGCAGACCCGACUAAACGCUUCUCUCAACCUACACCAUUUACUGCUUCACUUGACACUCCUUCGAAGGUAGAAGCAGGAGUAAUGCGCACGAGAACCAGUGGGGUACGCCGGAUACAAAGUCUCACUCGAUGCCCACAGGACAGUGAGACCCGCCAGCUGAGCUGGGAGAGCCUACGUACAAAGCCUCCUAAGCCACCAACAGCGCAUAACUUGACUAGUGCGAGCUUGCCUCCCUCCGAAGCAAUUGACGUAGAUGUGCCGGUGGGACGCGUCGCCGAGAUGGUCAACAGAGUGGAGGCCCUUAUCUCCAAGCAGAAAUCACAGCAGCUGCUGCAAACACCUAGUCCCCUUCGUGAAAUUCGGUCCUUGGAUCAAGCAGACUUAUCGACGACCACUAACAGAUUCUUUGUGGAUGGAGUGAGAAACUACUCACAUCCUCGUAUUGUGAAACAACAGUCGGCACCAGGCUCAUUACCUUGCCGUCUCAGACUUCAGCCUUCCUGCAUCUCACCUCCCAUCGAAAGCAGUGAAGCUCUUAUGCUAGAAAAGUCAUCAUCUAUGCGGUCGCCACUCACUAGUCACGAAUUGGAUACAUGCAAUAAUGAAGCUGUGCAAAGGCUGAAGCGUAGAAGCACUGUUUACGCGUCGUUGCCUACUACCUUGGAAGAGAGUAUACCUGUUGGAUCAAAAUCCAAUGAGACUUCUUCGGGUCUUGAUUCGUUACCCCGCCAAGCCUCACCAACCCCACCUAAAAUAAUGGAUGAGGCAGUCAUCGGAAACCUUCGUCAGCAACGACAAAUCGUCUCACACUCACGACUGCACACAAGCUCAACAAUCACUCUAUACGAGCUCAUUCAAUUUUGCCACCUAUCUUCAACAUUUAUCCCAUCACAUAAUCCACCUGACCGACUGCUAUGCGAAUCGUGGGAAGCGGGUAAACCAAUCCCCGGAUUAGGGAUCUACGUGUCGGUGGUGAGCGUCAAUCUUCCUCCACAUGCUCGCCUUCCUCGCGCAUGGAAUGAAUAUUGUUUUCCAAAGCCACUACCCAUUAACCCAGGGAGUGCGUUCACACCAAUUUCCACGGCAAUUCCCAAUGGCUGUACUCCUCCCGCACCAUUGGUGUUGAUAAUUGACGAGGUCCAAGCCAGUGGAGCCCUAUUUUUUCAGCCAGGACAGAUUAUUUUAGAGGUGAAUGGUGUGAAUCUCUUGUCAUUACCUGCAACAAGCAAACAAGACCUUAUGAUGCGACUAUUACAGUUGGUGUUCGGGGCGCACAGUAAUGGAGAUGGCGGACUUUCCUUGACGAUAGCUACACCGUAUCCAGGGCUUGUGCGUCGAGUCAAUCACGAAAUGAUUGAGGUGCAGUUACUGUAUAAACAAUGA